AAGAUAUCUCGCACCUACUAUACUGCUGGCGGUGUACUCGUCGUCGUCGUCGUCGUCGACAUGGCCUCUCCGUCGUGUCGCAGUCGCGCGUAAUAGUCCAGCCGCAAUAUGGAAACGACGUUGCCUCCUGGAGGUGCUGCCGAUCGGCUGUCAACCUGAGCUUCGAGAGCUCGAAAAAGUGCUGCAAAACAAACCAAAUACGCGAUCGAUCGCGGUAUCAGUGAAAAACAGUGUGUGCGAAAAAGCUCAGGGUGAGAAAAAGGGAGCCGCGCUGCUGCUGCCGCCGCGAGAGGCGCCACCCCCGCUCGUGUCGUGUGUAGCACUCAGCAGUCAGAGAAAGAGAGACACGAGUCGAUAUAUCGAGGCUCGACAACGACAUUGUGUGUGUGUCUGUGUGCGUGCAACGUAUGCUUGACUUUUGAGGAUUUUACCGCUCGACUAGCAGCGUAAUCUUUGGUUGGAGGAGAAGAAAGAAGAAGAAAAAGGGGGGCAAGAAACUUCCGAUAUAUAUCUAUACGUAUAUACACACGGCACAGACAUAGAGCUCUAAGUGCGUGGCGCGCUGUGCUGGUUCGGGAAUCGCAUGCGCUUGGCAUCGGGGAGGCCGCCGUCGCCGCCACCAUCGCCGCCCUCUUCCAUAAGUCGCUGCUCCGCUGCUGCUGCCGCUGGUGACUCAUCGUCGUCGCGGCGCCAGAAGAAAGCAGAAAUCGCCUCGUGCUGCACAUCGGCAGCAAAGAGUAGCAUUGCCACCACCAUUACCGCUACUACUACUACCUCUACCACCUACGACUCGCGACUCGAGCGGCUGAGCAAGACGAUAAUCGCCUUGUCGAGGCUCGACGCGGUGCGCGGCUUCGCGGAUGCCUCGCUCGUUCUGCUGCUCGCUCGAUUCGUCGCGAUUUUAGUGAGAUUCUGGCGGAGAGUCGUGCGGUGAAGUAAAAGUGCAUCAAACGUGUGUGUGUGUGUGUGAUUUACAAAAAAAAAAAAAAGGUUCAGUGCUUCUCGUGACACGUGCGAAGGUUUUUCAUCGAGUUGUACACACGAGUGCUUCGACUUUCGACGUUUAUAACUCGAAGACGUAGAAGAACAAAAACAGGCCACUACCAUCGACGGACACACGCGCGCACUUAUAUAGACAAGAUCAACAGCGUACUCGACCCAAUACUUUAACGCGGAGUACAAAAGAUAAAACACGGUCAGCAUCCGACAGAAAAGAAAAACAACGGCAGCGACUGGCCGCAAAUAGAAUGAGCAACGAACAAAAUAAUAGAGAGAAAGAAAAAAAAUCGAAGAAUCCAUAAGGGCACGAACACGACAGUCUACAUCGGGCGAAUGUCAUGAGCAACUCCGACUAUAUACCGUGUAUAGGGGAAAGAGCAGCAGCAUGGCACGACUACCACUAGUCGCUUUCCCCUGAGCUGCUAAAGAGAGAGAGAGAGAGAGAGAGAGAGAAAAAGCUUAGCAGUGGUGUAUAGUAGCGCGAGGGCAAGGAGCUCGCUCGCUCGCGCGGGGGUGUAUAUUAUAUAUAUCAUUGUAUAUAUACACCGCAACGAUCGCGUCUGUGUAUCGACCGCCUGGCGCUUAAGCUCGCAGAUAUAUACACGGAUAAACAUAAAAAAAAAGCUCUCGAGUGGAGUGUGUGUGUGUGUGUCAGUGCUGUGCUGCGUGCGUCUGUACGUCCGUGCUCCGUCGCGCGCUCGUGAGCCGCGACACGGAGCAGGACUCAAGAGCCAAGUACCAGCAUGAACAUACUCGCUGCAUCGGAGGUCAUCCGAUCGAACAACGCGGAUCAUCGUCACAAUGGUUCUGGAAAGACAACAACAACCACGACAAUGAUGGACGAACCGCAGACGCCGGGCUCGGACUGCAACUCCAAUCCGGCCAACGAGAAUCAGGAUCACGUCAAUUCCGCUUUCAUCCAGGACAAUACGGACUUUUGGUUCAUCGAUUACAGGGACGGCGGUCUGCACGUCCACCCGAGCGUACUGUCCUCGCUGUCGGCCUCCUACACCAAGGAUGAUCUCGGCUAUUACGACGAUCUGGCGCGCAACCUCGACGCGAAUCUCGCCGAGGUCGACAUGGAGAACUGCAAGACGUCGGAUCUGCACACGCUGCUCAACGCCCUGCCGACCAUGUGCACGGAUCCCGUCCAGCACUCGGAGUUUAACUAUCAGCGGGAAGAAUUCGCCACUUUAACUGGCUCCGUGAUGGAAGAGAUCGGCUUCAAAUUACACGAUGCUAACAGUCAGGGCGAAGACUCGGCCUGCUCGACGACGUCGAUCUGCAAGUCGUCGCUGCUGUUCUCGCCCGUCAAGGAGAUACCGGUGCUGCCGACCGGCGCCAGCUACAGCGUCGACUCGCUCGACUGCGAGGACAUGCUCAUCACCUGCAAGACCAACAACAAGGACAACUACACGAUCGCCUUCGAGGGCAGCAUGGCCAUGUACUCCGACAGCUCGGACAAUCAGGACUUCGAUAAUCACGGCGACGGCCAGAAACGCAUGAUCGGCGGACCCUACGAGGCCCCCGACUCGUAUUACGGCCAGGCGCUCAAUCUCAAGAACAUGCUGGACCUGUCGAUGGCCUGCUCCGACACCAAGAUCUACACGACCUGGAGCAAUCUCUACAAGCACAUCAACGCCAAGACCAUGAAGCGCCAUCCGUCCGGCAACAACAACACCGAGCCGAACUUUUUGCUGCAGCAGAGCACCGGUGCCGCCGGUGCUGGCGGCGGUGCUGCUGGUGGCUGCGACGCCACCGAUGCCGCCUCGAGAGCCGUCAUAGCCGCUGCCAACGACGCCUUCAACAGCAAGAGCCGCAGCCGAAGUCUGCCCGAUCUGAAGAGGUCGGCAGCGUCGAAGAACGCCUUGAACUUUUCGGUCGAUUCCGGUGAGACGAGCAGCCGCAACAGCAGCAACAAUCGCCUGCAGAGCUCGGCCUCGAUGAUGAGCCGCUCGAUCACGGCCAACGACCACGAGGACAACGACGACAAGAGCUCCGACAACAGCGUGUGCGGCGCCAACACCCUGUCCUCCGGCAGCAACAGCAACAGCAACAGCAGCAGCUCCACCACGGGCACGGGAAGCAAGAAGCUGCACAACAUGAGCCUCGUGCGCCUGUACAUGAAGCAGAAGAGCACCAGCGCCGAGGGCAUGAGUCUGACCCUCGACUCGGAGAGCGAGGGCUGCUGGCCCACCACGAGCAACAGCGGCGAGAGCGCCAAUAAUGGUGCCACCUCGGUGCAACCCAAACAGCAGCAGCAACAGAACAACAGUGGCAGCAACGAUCUCGCGAUCAAGUGGGUGAAAAACGACAGUUUGGCUACGACAACGGCCACGACCACCACUACCGAGGCAACGAGCCAGGCUUACAAAAAGAUGUCGACGAUCGCUUGCUCGACGUCGAUGGACGAUCUGACGUCGAGAUCGAUCCUGUCCCUGGCCAAGGACGACGCCGGCAACAGCUGCUCGGACAAGUCGAAACUACUGUCGGACGACGCGUCCAACUGCACGACUCUGAAGAUAUCCACGGGCAUUCAGGCCAAGACCGUGGAAACCGAGGACAACGGCGUGCAGACCUCGCUGAUCUAUCCUCCUCUCGGUGAGCAGCAACAGCAGCAAACGAGCCCCGACAGCGGCAAGGCCAGCAGCAGCAACAGCAACAACACCAUCAGCACGAGCUCGCUCAAGCAGCAGACCACGACUCGCGAGCACAUCGUCAACACGGAGAAGCCCGUGUACGUGGUCUAUCCGAACUACGCGCUGCCCGAUCUGUCCUUCCUGAGCGCCGUCUCGGCCGAUCGGAUCUCCCUGAAGCCGCAGGCGUUCAGGCCCGGCAGCCGUGUCGGGCGCAGGCCCUUCUCCUGCGGCGACUUCGACGCGCUCAAGCAUCGCAACUUCAAUCACGUCAAGGACUGGGACUCGCUGAAUUUCCUGCUGCCCAAGGAGUACCGACAGGCGCUCGGUCAGUGCACGGGUGGUCCCGAAACCGUGGUCGCCGCGGCGAGCAGCAAGCAGCCGCUCUACUGGCUUCAGCCGCGCUCCAAGAAACGAGCCAUGUUCUUCAACGACGCCGUCGCUGCCGCUGCUGCUCAUCAUCAUCAUCAACAGCAACAACAGAACGCGACGAAUCUGUCGUCGAGCAGCAGUACGGGCACGCAGCCGUCGUCCGGCUACAGAGGCUCGUCGACCAUACUCAGCGACUCGUCGGCCAAUCAGAAUCAGAACUCGGCCAACUCGGCGACGGGCAACAAUCCCCUGUAUCUCUAUCGCUACGACAGCGUCUCGUCCGAGGCGUCGCUGCUCGGCCAAGAGAAACAACAGAUCAACCGGCAGCAGCAGAUGCAGACUCGUGGCGCGCCGACGCUACCCAAGCGAUCGGUUUCCUUGCCCCAGAACGAGUGUCCACCUCGACCGCCUCUACCUCGUGGCAUUUUGCGCAAGCACCACCGUGCCGCAGCAGCUGCAGCGGCUGCCGCGGCCAACAACAACAACGCCGCCGCCGCCGCUAACGUGGCUGGAAAGCGCAGCAGCAUGUUCGAGCAGGGCGGCAAUUACGCGAUGGAGCCCAACUGCGAGAGCAAUAAGCGCAUGUCCCUGCAGGAGCCCUACUUCAUGAACAAUGACUUGCAUUUCCUGAAAAAUGCCGGAGUCCUCGAGUCCGAGAAGGAUAUCGACGAAGCCGAGGAAAAACAGCAGUUCGAUCGAUUGCGAGGUUUCGACAACGAAGAACCUCUCAGCCUCGAUGACGAGUUCAAGCAACUGGACGACUUUCUCAAUCGUAGCAAUUACUCGACUUGCAGCGACGAUUCCAGUUGCGACCUCGACAAGAGCAUGAAGCUGCGUUCGUGCGUCAAGAAAUUCCUCGCUCUCAAAAUCAAUCAAGACAUACCGAAAAUGAUCGACAUGACGGACUCGCAAAAGAAGACCGUGAGCUUUGCCGUUAACAGGAAGCAGGGAUUGCUGAUGCAAGACAUGAUCGCCAAGGAUCGCUUGAACGUGAGCGAGGCGACCGAUCAGAAGAUGGAUAACAGGCCUAUAAACUUGGAGGAGAAAAAGAAAUUGAUAAAAUCAGUGGGCAAAGCUGUCGACGUGCUGCUGAAGUACUGGAACAGCGAGCCGGUGCGCAGUCGCCAGGACUACAACGACAAGAACGAGUGCUCGCAGCUCUGCUUGAAUUAUCUCUGCCCGGCCAUCUACGCCGUGAUGUCGGACGAGCUGAAGCCCCAUCUCGACUCAACGUUCGGCCCCAUCGCCAAUAGCGUCUGGCAAGUCGUGGAGGCCUCGUCGCAGCAGGGACCGCUCACAAAGACGCUCAACGACCUAGUGCAGAAAAUCAAUGCCGAGGAUUUCAUUCCCGAGGGAAUGCUAAAAUUCCGCGCUUUUGUUUUUGGUCUAUUGAAUUUGCGAUCCCUGGACGCCUGGUUCGCUUAUCUGUGCUCGCGUGAAUCCGUCGUGCGCAAGCAUUACAAAUCUUCCAAUCUGUUCGUCAGCGCGCUGAGCUGUCCGGCGAGUCGCGAGGUCGUCGACUCGCUGCUCAACGUGCUUCAGCCUCUGAUCUACUGUCCCUUCCAGCUGGACCUGCUCUAUCAGUAUCGUCAGCUUCACAAUAGCUUCGGAGUGCCGAGCUCCGAGCAAGUGAUCAAAAGAUCCGUGAGGCCGCGAUCGUGCGUCAUGUACGACGAGGACAACAAGAAGGACGAGGCCGAAGCCAAGAAACGUUGGAGCCAUAAUCCGAUGAGUGCCAUGUUUCACGUUCAGGAUCGGCUCGACGAUUCGGACGAUUAUACCGAUAGUCUGGAACACACACCAAUGAAAAAAGCUAGUCUCAACAACAAAAUGACUUCCAAGGUGGCAUUGCGCAAAGAGGAGGCGGCCGCGGCGAUGAAGAGCGCCGAGGCCAAGGGCGAGACGCACUUCCGCAAGCUGCAAGAGAAAUGGGAAUGUCUCGGUCGCGAUGAUUCUAGUCCGAAAGAAGCCUACCCACUGCAAUCCCCCUCCUCCCUCGCUUCCCCGACCACUCCCACUCGCACCCUGUCCUUCAACAAAUCCAAAAUCCCGCGUCCUCUCAUGUCCCCGGUCAAAUCCCCGUCCGGUCUCCCGGUCCCCGUCAAAAAUCCAAGGGCUUCGGCAAUACCCGCUCCUAAAAAAUCCGCAGCAUCGAGCACGACGGUGGGACAGAAAAAAUCCCCAACGCAGCCGCAGGAGUCGCCAAGGCGAACGAGUCGAGUCGAUCAGACCGGCGCGUCUAGCCAGCGCUCGCCCAUGACAAGACCGAGUUCGCUGCCCUACAAGACCUAUCAGGGCCAGCAGGACAGAAACGGCGUCGUGCACAGGCGAGCCGCCUCGACGUCGUUGCCCAGGCCUCAUUCCAUUGCCGCACCACCCAGCAGACAUAUCAGUAGCAAACAACCUGCACCAAAACUCGUGCGUGCGACUUCAAGCAGACCACCGUCGCAGAGUGGCCACUUAGCAUUCACGGAGGGUGAAACGAUCAAGGUGAUCCUGGAAGUGGACGCCAAAUGGCUACUAUGCGAACGGGGCACGCGCAAGGGUCUUGUGCCGCGCAACUGCGUGAAGCCGCUACCCACUUAGCGUGGAGCCUCGGGUAUACCGCUACCGAUCGCAGCCAGGAGGCGUGCAACUUUGUGUACAUAGAUAAGUUUAAGAAGAGAAGUUGUUAUAAGUCGUAAAAAAGAAAAAUAAUAAUAAUGAUAAUGCUAGAGUACAGACUCGCGUUCGUACUUCGGAGUUAUAAGGCGUGUGAGAGUGGUCCAAUGCUAUGCGUUGACGCUAUUAUAAUAAGCUAGAAUGCUGGAGUAAAUGAUUCUUUGAUUAAAAAAGAAAAAAAAAAGAGUAAGAUAGCUUUUGAGAGAAGGAAAGAGUAAGAUAAAUUACAAAUGUAUCGAUGCUUCGUUUACAUGUAUUUGUGAAAAAAAAGUCACCAGCUAUUAAUUAAUCUUAAGAUUCAGAUGUUAUUAUUAUGAUUAUUAUUGCUGAAACUAUACAUUGAUUAUGGUAUUAAACAAAGAUUAAUGAAGAUAAAUCACGGCUAAACGUACGAUUUUAGACGCUAGUCAUAUACCUUUAAAUGCUUUCGAAUAAACCAGAAUGUAUUUAAUUAUUAUUGCUGACCAUAUAUAAAAAUAUAUAUUUAACAAAAAAAAAGCUAAAACCAUUAUGGUAUUCCCAUAAGAAAUGUACAUAAACAAAAUUGAAAUGUAUGAAUGCAAUGACAAAUAUAGAGAUUAACGAUCAUUUUUUGAAGAUUUAGCGAUGAUUGUCAGGUUAUAAAACUUAUAUAAUACAAAAAUUAUAUAUGAAUAUGUAUAAAUGUAACUGUGAUGAUAGUUUAUAGACGAGUAAAUUAUCGGUGAAAAUCUUGUGAGCUGGAUAAAUACGUAAACAUUAUCCCACGGCAAAAUAAAAAUAACGUGUACAUCGCUAUAACUUGAUUUUUUUCUCAACGAAGGAAGAAACCAAGGCAGUUUUAAGAUUUUUUUUUUUAAUUUUUACGAAAUAAUUUAUCGCGAAUCGAUAACUUAUUUUUCCGCUUGUAUCGUAUAAUACAGCAGCAUUAUUUUUUUGUUACGCUAUAUUUUAUCAUUUGCGGCGCACAAAGCGCGUGUGUAUUAUCAUUACUGUCGAAAGCUGAUGAUCAAAAACAAAAGCGAAAUAAAAAAAAAAAUAAAAAGAAAACCCUCCGCUCUUUUGUAUGUGUACUUUUAAUUUCGACGAAGUUUUUAAUUACGACGGUUUGUAGCUAUUAGCGCCUACGAAAAAAUACAAAUCAUUAUUUCGGUAAAAACUUUUUAAUUAAUAAGUAAGUAAAAUAAUAAAAGAGCAGCAGCAGCAGGCAUAGCGUCGCAGCAGGAUACUGUCCUCGAAAUGUAACGGCGCAUUGUGUUUUUUACUAGCUUUAUGUAUUCCUCGGGAUGUGGCAAAAUUAUAAAAUGAGUAUUAAGCUAAUAAAAAUUCAUCUUAAACAA